UGUUUUUAUCAACGGGCAGCAUCCGAGAAGCGCUAAUCAUCCCCGAGCUGCUGACCGACUCCGACAGGAACAUAUGACCGCUGUGUGGUCGCUCACUUACGGCUACAACUGACGGAAUUACACCCAGCGGAGGUUCUGAGUUCCAGCUCUAUGAGAGAGAAGGAGAAAGAUGGACACCAAGGACAAAGGCGCACAGGUAGAGCCUCUGCUGCCAACGGAAAGUUCACCUUUUGGUUCAUCAGUCGGCCGUAGAAGUUUGCGGACUGAUGAUGAGGCUGUGCUGGACAGAGGAGGCACACGGUCCCAGCAGGGAACCAACUUUGAGCAAGAAGAUCUUGAAGGCCACAGGACUUUAUAUAUUGGGGUCCACGUCCCUUUGGGCAGUACAAGGCAUCGCAGCCAUCGCAGGCACCGUCACCAUGGAAACAAACACAAGAGGCGGAGCAUGGACCGAGCCCCCACCUUGGUUGAGGGCAGAGAGUCUCCAAUUUAUGAUACUCCCUCCCAGAGAGUACAGUUCCUGUUGGGCACUGAGGAUGAUGACGAGGAGCACAUUCCUCAUGACCUUUUUACAGAAAUGGAUGAGAUCUGUGUGAAAGAUGGAGAGGAUUCUGAAUGGAGAGAAAGUGCCAGGUGGCUGAAAUUUGAGGAGGAUGUUGAGGAUGGGGGAGAGCGGUGGAGUAAACCCUACGUUGCCACUCUGUCUUUGCACAGUCUGUUUGAGCUGCGCAGUUGCAUUAUCAAUAGCACGGUGCUGCUGGACAUGAGGGCGAAUACCAUCGAAGAGAUUGCAGACAUGGUCUUGGACCAUCAGGAGUUAUACUCACCACUGGGAGAUGAACUCCGAGGUAAAGUGCGUGAAACUCUGCUGAAGCAGCACCAUCACCAGAAACAGAAGAAGUUGGCGAACCGCCUACCAAUAGUCCGAUCCAUUGCAGACAUGGGUCGACGCGCAUCUGAGCUCCACCUGGACAAAAAUGGUCAGAUGACAGCGUCCCAGUCUCAGUUGGCAAGCCCAGAUGUGAAAGGCGACGUCAGUAGAGAGAAUAGUUCUGUGGACAUUAGCAAGAUGGAUCUUCAUUUCAUGAAAAAGAUUCCAACAGGAGCGGAGGCCUGUAAUGUCAUGGUGGGAGAACUGGACUUUUUAAACAAGCCAGUGGUGGCGUUCGUCCGUCUUUCACCUGCGGUCCUGCUCAACGGACUGGCCGAAGUUCCCAUUGCCACAAGGUUUCUUUUCAUUCUCUUGGGUCCCACUGGAAGAGGGCCUCAGUAUCAUGAGAUUGGAAGAUCCAUCGCAACACUGAUGACAGAUGAGGUUUUCCAUGACGUUGCAUAUAAAGCCAAAGACCGAAAUGACCUGAUCGCUGGGAUCGACGAAUUCCUCGAUCAGGUGACAGUCCUGCCUCCAGGGGAAUGGGACCCGACCAUACGAAUAGAGCCUCCAAAGAAUGUUCCUUCUCAGGAGAAGAGGAAGAAAAAUAACACUUUACCAAAUGGAUUAGUGGAUGGUGAUGAAGAAGAAGAACAUGGUGAACAUGGCGGUCCUGAACUGCAACGUACUGGAAGGUGGUUUGGAGGUCUCUUUCUAGACAUCAAGCGCAAGGCCCCUCACUAUCUGUCUGACUACACUGAUGCUUUUAGUUUGCAGUGUGUGGCCUCUUUCUUAUUCCUCUACUGUGCCUGCAUGUCGCCUGUCAUCACCUUUGGAGGACUACUGGGCGAGGCAACAGAAGGACGCAUAAGUGCAAUUGAGUCACUGUUUGGAGCUUCACUGACUGGAAUAGCCUAUUCCCUGUUCGCUGGGCAACCCCUCACCAUUCUGGGCAGCACAGGGCCAGUGCUUGUUUUCGAGAAGAUACUGUUCAAAUUCUGCAAGGAGUAUGGUUUAUCCUACCUGUCUCUGAGAACCUGCAUCGGUCUCUGGACGGCUUUACUUUGUAUUAUCCUGGUGGCCACAGAUGCCAGUUCCCUUGUUUGUUACAUCACACGUUUUACAGAGGAAGCCUUCGCCUCGCUCAUUUGCAUCAUCUUCAUCUACGAGGCCUUGGAAAAACUCAUCCACUUGGGAGAACACUAUCCCUUCAACAAGAACAACAACCUGGAAAAACUAACCCUUUACUCAUGUUCAUGUGUUGAGCCUACUGACCCCUCCAAUGGCACCCUGAAGUAUUGGGAGCUCAACAACAUCACUGCUUCAGAAAUCUACUGGGAGGCACUGGAGGUCAAGGACUGUAUUGAGAAGCAAGGGGAGUUUGUGGGCAGUGCAUGUGGACACCAUGGACCCUAUGUUCCUGAUGUUCUCUUCUGGUGUGUCAUUCUCUUCUUUGCUACUGUCUUCUUGUCUGCCUUCCUCAAAGAGUUCAAGUUCAGCAAUUAUUUCCCAACAAAGGUGAGAGCCAUCAUCAGUGACUUUGCGGUUUUCUUCGCCAUCCUUACUAUGGUCUUGGUGGACUACGCCUUAGGGAUCCCGUCUCCUAAACUCAAAGUCCCGAGUGUGUUUAAGCCAACCAGAGACGACCGUGGGUGGUUCAUCAGCCCUCUGGGACCUAACCCCUGGUGGACAGCCGUCAUUACGGUGGUCCCAGCUUUGCUUUGUACCAUCCUCAUCUUCAUGGACCAGCAGAUCACAGCUGUCAUUAUCAACAGGAAGGAACACAAACUUAAGAAAGGCUGCGGGUACCACCUGGAUCUGUUCAUGGUGGGAGUGAUGCUUGGUGUGUGUUCUUUAAUGGGCCUGCCCUGGUUCGUAGCAGCCACUGUCCUCUCUAUCACCCACGUCAACAGCCUGAAGCUUGAGUCAGAGUGCUCAGCGCCUGGGGAACAGCCCAAGUUCCUCGGCAUCAGAGAGCAACGCUUCACUGGCCUCAUGAUCUUCACCCUCAUGGGCUGCUCUGUCUUCAUGACAUCUGUGCUUAAGUUCAUUCCCAUGCCUGUGCUGUAUGGCGUCUUCCUUUAUAUGGGUGCAUCUUCUCUCAGAGGCAUUCAGUUCUUUGACCGCCUGACGCUGUUUGGUAUGCCGGCUAAGCACCAACCAGAUUUCAUCUACUUACGACAUGUACCACUGAGGAAGGUGCACCUCUUCACCAUCAUCCAGCUCAGCUGUUUAAUUAUGCUCUGGGUUAUUAAGACCUCCAAAGCUGCCAUUGUCUUUCCUAUGAUGGUUUUGGCUCUGGUAUUCAUCCGGAAGCUAAUGGACUGCAUCUUCACCAAGAGAGAGCUGAGCUGGUUGGAUGACCUCAUGCCAGAAAGCAAGAAAAAAAAGCUUGAGGAUGCAGAAGAGGAAGAGGAACAGAGUAUACUGGCAGAAGAUGAGGGAGUUGUCCAAGUUCCUUUAGAAGGGUACAAAGGGAUACCCAUCAUCAAUAUCACUGAUGAAAUGUCGAAAGGCUCCUUUGGAAAUACUUGGAAUGCAAACGGCUGAGCCACGCUGUUUACAGAAAGACUUUAAAAAAUGUGCAUCCUUCCACACAUCAGUGAAGCACAAGAUGAGAAUGUGCAAUGAAGAGGAUGGACAGGGUUGUGUGUCUCCUUUACUAUUCCAUUGUCACUGUGUCUGUAAAACAUCUGCGUUGUGUGUUGCAGUUUCUGAACCUUUUGAGUUUAGUCUUUUGUGUGUAAGUGUAUUGUUAGAAAUAUCUUACUUUCCAUAACCUGAAUUGCACUAAUGUUAUCGUGUUGGACAUGUCUAAUAGUACCUGCUAAAAACUAGACACUGUAAUUAUUGUUACCUGGUAAAUGUAAAAAGUUGUUCUCACUUUUUAUUUUUUUCCAGCUUGUACUAUAGUCAUCAUGGAGUCUUUACCUAUUUAAACAGUUUAUUUGUUAUUUAUUUAUAGCUCUUAUUGUCAGUGUUCUGUAAAAAAUAUUGCACAUAAAUCUAACAUUCAGAAUUCUUAAAGCCAUAUAUGAAUGUGUAUAACUCUUAUAAGCUGAACAGUUGUUUCUGAGAUAUUUUUGGCUGAAGUUAUUGAAUUAUUGUGUCAGAUAAGAUGAGACUGAGCACUUUGUUUACUAAAGGGCAAUACAGAUCUCUUAAAGAACCAAAUGCAAUAGCACUUUUUUCUGGACUGUCUAUACUCUGACACAUUUAUACAAGACAUUAUUUAACUAUAUUUAUUUGUAUAACAUAUUGGCUUUAAUAUACCUGAUAGGACACAGUAUUUUGCUCCCUGGUGUCUAUGUAUUAAUUGUUUUAUAAAUGUAAAUUUGUGUUUUUUUCUUGUUGAUAUGAAGUUUGGUGAUUCUUACAACAAUAAGCUUUGUUAUGGUGGUAACAAACAUCCAUGUAUUUGCUUUUACAGACCUGACAGUUAACGUUUUAACCAGGGAUGUGCACUGUAGUUACUUUAUGAACUUGGAUGAUGAAGCCAUUUUGUUUGGUGUUGGUGUCAGUUAGCACAUGCCCUCCACCUGAACAAAAUAAUAAUACAAAAAACGUUACCAACCAAAGAUUUUUAGCAUUUGUAUAUGCAGGAUUUGGGUAGAAAAGGUACCAUAAACAUUAGUUCCAUGUCUUGAUGAAAUGAAACAUAAAUCUCCUAA